CUCCAUUCCCAGACCCUCUUCCCCUGACAGCAGCUACCUCGAAGGAAGGAAUCCUUCGCUUGCAGUCGUCCUCCUCCUCCGCUCCACAGGAUUGGCUCCGGAGUGGGGAUCCAUCCGUACCUCGAUUGAUUUCUUCAUUUCUCGUAGUGAUUGUCACACUGCAAUUCUUUUCUAUUCCACCAUCAAGCUUGGGAUUGUUGCGUGCAAAUUAAUUGUUAUCUCGUUUCGAGCCAACAGACCUUAAAUUUUGAUCACCAUAUUUGGAAUAUUUCAUACAACAUCACUGAUGACUGCUGGGAGGGGCAUCAGCAAGCUUUUGAAGAAAGCAUUUCGUCAGCAACCAUCUGUUUCAUCUCUGCCUUCUUCGCCUCGGAUAAAUCAUGAAGAGUCCACUGGUUUCAUUGGAUUGAGAGCAUUGGCUAUUCUUGGAGUUGGUACUUCUGGUCUUUUAAGCUUUGCUACAGUAGCAUCUGCAGAUGAAGCGGAGCAUGGGUUGGAAGCCCCGAGUUAUCCCUGGCCACAUGCUGGCAUUCUUAGCUCUUAUGAUCAUGCUUCAAUAAGGCGUGGACAUCAAGUUUAUCAACAAGUGUGUGCCUCUUGUCACUCAAUGUCCUUGAUUUCCUACCGAGAUCUGGUUGGGGUUGCCUAUACAGAAGAGGAAACAAAAGCAAUGGCUGCGGAGAUUGAGGUGGUCGAUGGUCCUAAUGAUGAAGGUGAAAUGUUCACACGCCCCGGUAAGCUGAGUGACCGUUUCCCACAACCAUAUGCAAAUGAGCAAGCAGCUCGAUUUUCAAAUGGUGGGGCAUACCCCCCAGACCUCAGUUUAAUUACAAAGGCCAGACACAAUGGCCAGAACUACGUUUUUUCUCUUCUUACUGGUUAUCGGGAUCCACCUGCUGGCAUUUCGAUUCGUGAAGGCUUACAUUACAAUCCCUACUUCCCUGGUGGCGCCAUAGCCAUGCCCAAGAUGCUUAUGGAUGAAGCUGUUGAGUAUGAAGAUGGUACUCCUGCCACAGAAGCCCAGAUGGGUAAAGAUGUUGUCUCGUUCUUAUCAUGGGCGGCUGAGCCUGAGAUGGAAGAGAGAAAGCUGAUGGGAGUCAAAUGGAUUUUCCUACUCUCGCUCGCACUUCUGCAAGCUGCAUAUUACCGGCGCAUGAAAUGGUCCAUCUUCAAGUCUCGCAAGCUGGUCCUUGAUGUGGUUAACUAAGGACUGGUGCUUCAUUUUUCAAACAUAGAAUCGAUAAUUUGAAGUAUUUGGAAUAAUGAGUGCAUGAUGUACAUUUUUCCACUGGCAUGAUUCCCAUGCCGAAAAUGUAUUUUUCUUGUUUAUCAGUACCCUCAGCUGUAGGGGGGACGCUGCUUACAAAUUUUGGCCUGUUUAAUGGUACCAGCAAGCAUCUAAUAGAAUACAUACAUAGUCGAUAGAGCUCAUAAUAUGUUUGUGCUCUGAACUCCUGUAAUGUUCAGUGUUCAUGGGGAAAUAAAAUGGUUAUGCUACUCUUUCAGAUCUUA